CGGGCAAGGAUGGACUUGACUGCAGAGACCCCGGCGGAAGAUGCAGCCAGGGAGGCUUUGGCUGAGGUCACAGAAAUUCUAGAGCCUAAAGGACUACAGGAAGAGGCAGAACUACCUGCCCAGAUCUUGGCCCAGUUUGUGGUGGAUUCCCGAAAGAAAGACAAGCUGCUCUGUAGCCAGCUGCAAGUAGUAGACUUCCUGCAAAACUUCUUGGCUCAGGAGGAUGCUUUCCAGGGCCUGGAUCCUGUGGUUUCUGAAGAAACAAGCCGGCAGAAGGCAACUGAAGCCAAGGAGCAAUGGAAAGAACUGAAGGCCACCUACCAGGAGCAUGUGGAGGACAUCACAAGUUCUUUGACCCUGGUCCUUUCCAAGGUGGAAGAGACCCAAGAGAAGAGUUCUCAGCUCCAGGAGGCUCUUGAACAGCUUCAAACCAAGAAGCAAGUAGCAAUGGAGAAAUACAGAGCAGCCCAAAAGCAGUGGCGUUUGAAACAGGAGAAACAGCUGCAUUCUCUGGCAGAAGUUUCUGCAAAAAUAAGGGAACGUCAUACAGGGACAGAGCAGGCCCUUCAGAAUCUAGAACAGGAACUUGAAACCCUGAAACAGAAGGCAGGACAGGAGCAAGACAAGCUGCAGAGGCACGAGAUCUUUCUCCAGCUGUUGUCCACCCUGCGGGGUAAACCGCUAUCCCCUGAGUCAGAGAAAGAAAUAGCCAACAUCGGAGGUAAACCUUCUUGA